AUGGCUAGCGAAUCACUCUGCUUCGUCUUUCCCACACUAGUUCUGCUCAUUCUCUCAUCACCAUUGUCGUCGGCUUCUUCUUCUGCAGUUACAGUGUCCAUUGAUGGCCGAGGAGAUUACACCACAAUCGGCCAAGCCAUUGCAGAAGCUCCUUCGAACAGCGACAAAAAAUACACCAUCCUCGUUCGACCUGGAAUCUACGAGGAGCGUCUCCACAUUCCCCGCGACAAAACGAACAUAGUUCUCAUCGGCAACGGUCGCCAUGAUACUGUCAUUCUCGGACACCACAAUGGUGGCAUGCUGUCUCAAACAGCCACAGUAGCAAUUCAAGGAGCGGGCUUCGUGGGCCAGGGAAUAUCCUUCGUCAACUCAGCUGGGCCGAAAGCGGGCCCAUGCCUAGCUUUCCUGAACACGGCGGACAGGAAUGUCUACGGCUCCAUCGACUUCGUCAUGGGAAACGCCGCCGCCGCCUUCCAGAACUACGUGCUCUACACCCGCCUCGCCGGUUUCUCCGUCCUCACCGCGCAGUCUAGUGACGACCCCCUGGAACGCACCGGUUUCGUUUUCCAGUACUGUCGUUUCACGGCGUCUACAGAGGACUCCGAGAGGCAGUUAUCCGGUGCGGGCAGGGCUAUUUUAGGACGGCCGUGGAGGGCGUAUUCGAGGUUGGUGAUCAUGCGGUCGUACAUAGAUGAUAUAGUGAGUCCGAUGGGGUGGGGAGAGAUGGAGGGGACGCCCACCGGUAAGGCGAGUUACAUAGACUUCGAGAAUUAA